ACCGACCGAGCCGAGAAGACAACCUGCGGGGUUGCAAGUCGACGUUGAAGUGGGGGGCUGGGCUGGCGUGUUUGUUGUCAGUCAACAGCAAAUCGAGCCAACCAUCAACGCUGGAACGGCCCGGCGUGGCUGAAACAGGAAAUGCAGGCAGGCUUGUCAGCGAUUGGUGCUCAAGCUCGGAGCUCCCUGACGUACUAGCCAGGCACCUACAAACCAAGCCAUGCGUCUCAUUGGCGCGAACAUGCCGGGCCCUACCUCUAGGCAGAACCGUUUGCUUCUUGAUUACUGGUUGAGACCUCCAAGGAGGUGUUGGCUGAAAAGAAGGUCAAGCUCGGCCCUGCCACACACACACACACACACACACACACACACACACACACACAGCAGUCGAGCCCAGCAUCACCAGCUCCCUCGACUACCCGUUCAACAAACCGUCUACCUAUUACCUCUAGGUAGCCCGCAGAGAUGUGGCAGACAGAGCGCGCCCAGGCCCUGGGCCUCAUAGUCAUGGGGACCGGCGAGCUUCUCACCAAUGUCCUGGGCCACCUCGACCAGCGGACCCUCCUCUGCUCCGCCGUGCGCGUCUGCCACCGGUGGAACGACCUGAUCGAGACCGCCCCCGACAUCCAGCAGCGCCACUUCUUCAGCCCCGUCCCGCAGAGGGACACCUCGAACCCCUCGCCGCUCGACUGGGACGACGACGACGACGACGACGACAGCAACGACGACGACCCGCCCGUCCGGCUCAACCCCCUCCUCGCCCGAGUCUUCCGCCGCUUCUUCACGCCCGCCUGCACGCCCAGCCACAUCGCCUUCAGCGACGUCUUCGCCAGCCCGGCCGACUGCAACAGGGGCGCCCGCCCCCACGCCGAGCUGACCCCCGAGUCCCGCGCCCGCUUCGCCGCCAUCCUCCAGCCGCCGCCGCCGCCGCCGCCACAGUCGGGCGGCGCGAGCUGGCGCCGGGCGCUGACGCAGCAGCCUCCCGUGCGGCGCCUGGGGGUCUGGGUCCAGCUGCAGAGCGACUUCCGGCCGGCCCCGGGCGCCCUCGGCGAGCCCCCCGCGGGGACCGUCCUGGCCACCACCACCGCCACCAGCACCGCCACCGCCAGCAUCAGCGGCCGCUUCUACGUCGUCGAGUACCCGGCCGGCCUGCGCAUGGGCGAGCUGUACGACCUCUGCCUGGGCCCGCCGGGCAGGCCCAACCUCAGCCUGCGGCCCUUCUGGAGCCCGCAGACGCCCGCGGUGUGGCGCCCGCCCGGCGCCGUCGGAGGUAGGCGGCGCCGCCUGGGCGGCAGGAGGAGGUGCGGUGGCGGCCAGGAGAAGGAGCUGGCGCGCGUGCUGCAGACCGCGGCCCUCCAUCCGGCAUGGCAGGGCGUCGACGGCGUGCUGCGGCUCUUCAAGUCCAGCACCUCGUGGGACGCCGCCGACAGGGUCCGCCGCCUCGAUUUCAUGCAGCAGUUUGUGUUCCCCGAGGCCGAGGCUGAGGCUGAGGUUCAGCGUAGCUUUUGGUCGAGCCUGCUUUUUGGUUAGAAUCCUGGUGGCAAAUGUGUUGAACAGCAGAUGGCGCUGAGUGAAGUCUGCCAUACCUACCAUAAAAAGAUGACAGUUUUACAGGUCCCAGGGACUAGAAUCAUUAAUGCUAUGGUCAUUUCUUUUUCUCAUCUUUCUUCCUACUCCCCCCUCUCAGUUUCUCCCUGUUAUUGUUAUUCCUGUUAUUGUUAUUCCUGUUAUUCUCAUUCCUAUUCUUACAGUCCUAGCAGCCCCUUCGGUGUGGAGGCGUGCGUGUGUCAGGCAUCAUGCGUCGGGCAUUAUUUGUUGCCUCUUUUGUAAGGUAUACUCGGGGGUUGUACGUUAACCCCCGAGUAAGUCAUGUCAUGAUCAAUAUUUCACAAAGCGCUCAGCCCCUUUCCGCUUCAAUGGCCCCUCGGACAGCACAAGGAUAAAGAAAGUUGAAGCCAACGCGACACAAGGCUCGACCCGUCUGCAAUUUAUGCAUUAAAUCAUGAGCAAGGUCACCUUGGCAAACAGCAUGCAACCAUCUAAUACUACUCCCACUAGGGCGAUAAAGCAGCCCGGCCGCAACAAGGGAGAUAAAAACCAAC